GUUACCCAGUCGGCAGACGAUUAUCUUUUCUCCUUUUUUUCAGUUCUGACACCUUGACAUCGCGCAGAACAGUACCGCUUCUUUCUUGUCACUCUGAAAAUAAAGAAUACCGAGCAUGUGGCUGAUUCCGCUUCUUUGUUUGUUUAUGACGGCGAGCUCCGAGCCCUCGGAUUUUGAUGACUUUUUCGGCCCCGGCUUUUUUUCACCGCCCGAAGAAGGGGCUUUCGGAACCUUUUCUGGACUCUCUUUCUACCCUAAAGAUAGUGCUGCACUUGCUGGAGGUUUCAAAACUCCAUUUCCUUUGGGUGUUCCAUUGUAUACCGAUGGCCAAGCAACCCCUCCGCAGGUCACUCUCUCCAAACUGGAAAAGGAAUACAAGGCAACACUUCAGAAGCUCGCCAGUUCUCAGCCCCCUCUGCUGAAUAAGCAGCAUUUCCACGGCUCCAGGCACCAGGAGAGAAUUCCGAGACUGAACUUGGAACCUUUCUCAGCAGCAUCGAACAUCGAUGAGAGGAAACAGAACGCAGCCGAUAAAUACAGGAAGAAUCCCGAUGGCUCUUUUUCGUCGGGAGGUCUGACAAGCCAACCUCAAAUCCAAACGGGAUUCGUACCCAUUGUCAAUGGAAAAAGGUCCCAGGGCCCCUCUCCCAGCAGCGUCAUCAAGGACCUCCCUCCUCCGAUCCUGACCGCGUCUUCGAGGCCGAAUACUUUCAAAGUGUCGGCGAGCGUGCAGUCUGCAUCCUUCCAGAACGCCUCCAGCCUGCGAGGGGACGAGGGGAAGUCGAGGCAGAGCGGAUACUCUCGAAAUCUGAGGGGCGGAGCCGGCACAACCUCCAGCGAAAGCGUCAUUUCUCGGGUUGUCACUAAGCCCGCAAAAGUCCCGAAAUCUCAAGAGAAAGAUCUGCUACGCUUGGCCCCGAUGAUUCAGGAAGACGUAAAAACGGCUGCGAAGAAGACCUUGGACAUCAACUGCGAAGGGAGCAGGGACUUGGGAUGGUGCGAACUGGGCAGCAAGUACCCCAGGAAAUACGUGAAUCAAGUUGUGGCUGCUUGCCAAGAUUCGAUCCAAAGGAUGCACGUUGAGGUACCACACAGCUUCGAGAAGCUAUCGGACAUUUCAGAUUUCAAGGCCGAGUUGAGCAACAGCACCCAGAGGGAGGCGAAAGAGAGGGGAAGCCACGACGCCUGGUCCUGGGCGUCCUACUUCCACGAGGGGUCACUGUGUGACGCGGAAACUGGAUUCCUGAGACCCGAGACGGCCAAAGACUCGUCAGGCAAAUGGAACAUCAUAGUUCAAACAGACGCCAUCAGGCAGAGGGUGCCCAUCGAAAUGUGCAGGAAAACGAACAGCUCUUGCAAAAAGAUGCUUAACUGUGGAUUGAAAAGCCAGUGCCUCCAGAAGUACAACUAUCACCUUCUGAUGAGUCUGAAUCCAUCUCAGAAGCACGACUGCCCCUUCAUGAAGCUGUACAGGUUCCCAUCCGCUUGCGUCUGCCACGUCGAGUGAACGCUCAUUCUCGGCCGAGCAUUUGGAACGCAGCGGGCAUGCGCGGAUCGUAAUGUCUACUCGUUUUGGGACAGGGAAACCAUAUCAUAAAUUUAUGAUCCUUCAUGCAUAUAGCUUUCCUGUCUGCUGGAAUAACACUCAACUUAAUAUACAGGUAUGAAAAUAGGAAAAAUUCCGAAUGUACAACACAGCAACGAUUGACGAGAUUUAAUACUUGAAAUUGUGAUGCUUAAGAUUGUGACAGCUGUAGAAAAUUUGCUUGAAAAAACACUUUUUUCCAUUCAUUGGAAUUGUGACAACAAUGACAUUAUUCCACCAUCGCAUUGUAAUAUGAAUGAGCUAAAUGGAAGUAAUUUUCACUUUGUAUUUCCUUUAAAUUAACUUUUUUUUUUUUCCUUUUUAUAUAUCUCAAUAUUAUGCCCGAGUAUGUAGUCCUAUCAACCCAUUUUGAAUUGACAGUUCAUGUUACAAAAACAGAAAAAUAGCUUGUUAGGAUUUUCAGCCCCUAGCUUGAACACAGUAUUUAAUUUUCUCAAAGAAACAUCUUUGAACAGGCGAUACCUAGACCAGCUGGCACACAGAUAUGCUGUCGGCAACGGACUGGUAAAACUUUUCGAAAUCAAAAAUGUUGUAAGGUAAUUGAUAUUCGGAUUGAAAGCAGCGAAGUUACAACGGUAUCCGAUUUACAAAGAAUAAGGUUACAUCCAUACCUUACGGCAUAUAUACCGAACCUAUCAUGCCAAAUUUUGGAAUUAGGUGGCCUUUUCUGGAAAAGAAAGUGAAAUAAUUGAUAGCGUAAGUCGGCGUGCAGUUAAAUGCCGUGUUAAUUUAACCCAUUAUUUCAUUUUCUCUUCCGACAUAAAUCGCUUGUUUUCAUCGACUUCUCGAGACAUUCUGCCAUCCCAAUCAUCAAAUCGAUUUCCAAAAGAUUUUUAAGGAAGGCAUAUUUGCUGUUUGGGGAAUUGUUCGAUUCCAAUGUGGAAAAUCAAAGAAAAGUAACGCCUCUGCAGCAAACGACUUUCUUAAUUUUCUGAUCCAAUUCCCAAUAAUUCAUGCUUCGUAUCUAUCAAGUCUUGUUUAUUUCUACCUCAAGUAUAUAUAGAGAGAGAUGAGUCACAAUGAAAUAUUUUGGAUCUCUCAAUCUGAGUGCACUGAAUUUUAAAGCAAAAUUCUCUACAUCGAGGAAGUGAAGUUACCACAAAAAAUUUAAAAGCCAAAGUAAUAAAUUAUUAGUUCGAUCCAAAUUUCCAUAACCUAUAACAAAUCUAAAAUUUUUAAAUAUAAAUCACAUGAAAAAUUAUUAAAUGUUAUUAAUAGUUUCAAAAUGUGCAUAGCGUAUUUUUAUUUUUUGGGUUAAAGCAAUUUUUCUUCAGAAAUAUUUAUAAAGCAAUAUCCUAGGGAUGUGUGACAGCUAAAAAAAAUUGUGCGUUAUUUCAUUGAAAAGGAUCAUCGUCACCGCUGGUGUAGUUAAAUCACCAGCACGUAAACAACGGCGGUUGUCAGUGAAUGUGUUAAAAUAGAAUCGCUGCGUUUUUCACUUAAAGAAAUCUCUUUUUAGAUAAAAAUCACGUCAUUUCUUUCUUCUGAUUAAUAGGUUAUUAUUUGAUCUAAAUUAGCAGAAUCAACUACAAAACGAUUACGAACAACUGAAUACUAAUGUGCUAGACUGCACUCGAAUAGAAAAAUCACCUGACUUCAUUUGGGAAAGUCCACUCGUUGCGGCACAUUACACAUGCGUGAUUAGCAUACACAACUGUCUCCAGAGGAUGCAACCUUAUGAUUCAAUCACACGAGAAACCCGCGGCCAGGCAAUUUGACUAAGUGCUCCCAAAGCGAAUCCCUGUUUACUGCUGUUCGUUCCGCUUCCCCCUCCUGUGAUGUCGUCACAGUGCAAUCUGUUACGACACAAUUAUUAGAGACCAAGUGCGCGCCACGCCCAAUUUGAUUUUGAAAUUUUCUGUUCAUUUGCAGAAUACAGAUGCAUUCAUAUGGAUUUAAGACAGCGCUAUAAAACAGUUAGCUAAUAAACAAUAAGUUUUUUUUUUUUUUUUUUUUUUGCGGGAGAGGGGCGGGGUGGAAAAAUGUGAUAAGUGCAAUUGAGUUCAAUAAGAUAGUUCAAUACUCUUGGACAAUAUUAAUUCGUGUAAAGCGAAUAAAACGUUGCGAUUAUUAUUCAUUCAGUGGGAUAUGUAUGUCAGUAUUUACAGCCCAAGACAAAUUUAACAUUUUCACGUAGUUUUGAUUCACUAUGACAUAUCCAAGUGUUUUUAAUUUCAGUUAACUUAUUUUCUGGCUUGUGUAAAUUUUGAAAGCUUCCACGCUCGAAAUCUGCAAAGACAAACAGUUAAAAAAAAAAAAAAAAAAAAGGAUCAAAAAUCCGUCUGCCAAAUGCAUGCCCGCAUCAUCAUUCUUGUUGUUCCAGAGUCAUCAAUAUUGAUACAGUCAGACGAGACUUCUUAAAAUAAAUAAGCUUUGGUGUGUGACUAUAUUUUAUCUGGUGAUAGAAGAAGUGAUUUUAAUGUGAUGGAAGAAGUAUAAAUUGCAUCAUAAAAGCUAAAAGGAAAAGAAAACAAGAUUAUCCACUAUGUAUCAGAAAACUAUGGUGAAAUUGAAUGUUAUUGUUUUGUGUACAAGUUAUGUUAUUUUCUAUUUGCAAAUGACAGUGCCUGGAGCACUGCUGGUCAUAAAAAAUACAUCAAAUAAAUA